AUGGACGUCCUAGGCGUUGAUAUUCAAGAAGCCGCUCGAGUCUAUCUAAACUUCCUCGAUGAUGGCGACGAUGAAAAUAAAUAUAAUGCAGAGGUUCUUGAUAUGAUCAAGGAAAAACAGACUCGUUUGGUCGUCGAUAUCGCUGAUUUGAGAAGACAUGAUGCUGAACGAGCAGAACGACUUUUGAAUGGUGCAUUUAGUGAAAUCAUAGCUUUCGAAAAAGCUAUCAAAGAAUAUGUCAAUCAAGUGGAUCCACAGUACAGUAAGCUUCAUGAAGAAUUCUAUCUGGGGCUCGAAGGCUCCUUUGGAAAAAAACACGUUACUCCAAGAACGCUGAAAGCUUCGUUUAUGAACAGUACUGUUUGUGUCGAAGGAAUUAUUACAAAGGCUUCACUUGUCCGUCCAAAACUCGUCCAAUCAAUCCACUACUGCCCUGCAAGCAAGAAAAUGCUCUCCCGACAAUAUGGCGAUUUGACUUCGAUUUCUGAGAAAGGCCAGACUGGCAGCGCGUACCCAACACAAGAUCCCGAGACUGGCGAAGCGUUAGAGACUGAAUACGGCUUGUGCACUUUCCGCGAUCAUCAGACUGUCACAAUCCAAGAAAUGCCAGAAAAAGCUCCAACGGGACAGCUCCCUCGAUCAAUUGACAUCGUGAUGGACAAUGAUUUGGUUGAUCAAGUAAAGCCUGGCGACCGUUGCCAAAUUAUUGGAACGUACCGAUGCUUGCCAGGAAAGAAGGCUGGCCAUACGACCGGAAUCUUUAGAACAGCGAUUAUUGCGAAUAAUAUUAAAAUGCUCAGCAAAGACAAAGAAAUUAUUUUCUCAGACAAGGACGUUGCAACUAUUCGAAAAUACGCAAGAACGCCAAAUGUGUUCAAAAAGAUUGCAAGUUCCAUGGCACCAAGUAUACACGGCCAUCUGUAUUCGAAAAAGGCUCUUCUUCUUAUGCUCCUCGGAGGAUGUGAGAAAAUCUUGAAGAACAAAACGAGACUCAGAGGUGAUAUCAACGUCAUGUUCAUCGGCGAUCCUUCUACUGCCAAAUCACAGCUGCUUCGAUAUGUGCUUAAAACUGCCCCGCGCGCUAUCAAUACUACCGGUCGAGGUACUUCCGGCGUUGGUCUCACUGCAGCGGUCACAACCGACGAAGAAACUGGUGAAAGACGGCUCGAAGCUGGCGCCAUGGUUUUGGCUGAUCGAGGAGUCGUUUGCAUUGAUGAGUUUGACAAAAUGACGGAGAUGGAUAGAACCGCCAUCCACGAAGUAAUGGAACAGGGUCGAGUCACUAUCGCCAAAGCUGGUAUCCAAGCGAAAUUGAAUGCGCGAUGCUCCGUGCUCGCAGCUGCGAAUCCUAUCUUUGGAAGAUAUAAUCAAUAUAAGACGCCAAUGGAGAACAUUGCGAUGCCCGACUCGUUGUUAUCGCGUUUUGAUUUGCUCUUUGUGAUCAUUGACAACGCUGAGCCAGAGCUCGACAGAGAGAUCGCUGACCGUGUCAUCAAGAAUCAUAGAUACCGAGACCCGUCUCAACAAGACGGUGAAGCUAUUCAAAUCGACAAUGAUGCAGACCGACUCACGACCAACGAGGAAAACUCUGCCAGAAAUGACGCUGGAGAGCAAAUGUACGAAGAUCACAACGAGUUCCUUCAUGGAUCUCGACGUUCGAGCGAAAGAAUUUUAUCAUCGACCUUCAUUCGAAAAUAUAUUCAAUGUGCGAGAGCAUUGAGACCUGUCCUUACAAAGGCCGCAGCCGAUUUGAUUUCUGAAGAGUAUGCUCGACUUCGAUCUGUCGCCGAUGUUUCAGAGGGCAAUGCAAAAACAAUUCCUAUCACUGCUCGAGCGCUUGAGACUCUGAUCCGUCUCUCAACUGCCCAUGCGAAGUGUCGAAUGGUCAAGAAAGUCAUGAAGGAAGACGCUCAAGCUGCUAUUGAGCUUAUUCAAUUUGCCUACUUCGCAAAGGUCACUGAAAAGCCUAAAAAACGAAGAGGACAGAGAGAGCACGAUGGUACCGAUGAGGAAGACAACGUUGAUGAAGAAUUGUCUGAAGAGGAAGAAGAAGAGCUUGAGCCACCCAAAGAAGAUGAAGACUCCCAGGAUGGACUAAACGAAAGCAUCCAUGACAUGAGCAUUAGUGAAGAGCCAUCAACAUCCAAGAAAACACCUCGAAAAGGUCGUAAAAACAAGCGAGGACGGACAUCCGAGUCAAGUGCUCGAACUCCAAAGAGAUCAAAGGGUGAUCAAUUCGAUGCCAACAGCGACAACGAGGAUGAGACUCCUACUAUUAAAAUCACCGACGCGCCAAUAGUACCAGUCCCUGCUGCACGACGUGAACAAUUCCAGAAUCUAUUGAACGAUGCCUUCUACGAAAAUCGAGAACAGACUGUGGCGCUUGCUCAUGCGAAAGAAGUCAUCAACUCCAAGCUUAUGCCUUCGGAACAGUUCUCCGACUCCGAGAUCAAUUCAAUUGUCACUGCAAUGGCUGAAGAGAACAUGCUCAUGUGCGCGGACGAAAUGCUCUUCCUCCUGUAA